AUGGCCAUGAGAGCAGCAGCAAUAGUUAUGAGAGUACGGAUCGAGUCGACAGACCCAGCAAAAGCGCAGCAGGGACGGACCCUGGCUGUGUGGAAGUGCAGAAUGGUGUGGAUCUUGAAUGACCCUGGUAGAGCCGGCCUUGUGCGAGGCAGGGGUAGCGGUGGAAGGGUGCGGGUACUGUGCUGUCGUCGUCCAGGAUGGGACAGUCCAGUCCAGUACGGGAGGCAAGUUGGUGUCACUUUGGUGGGUUCCUCGCCAGCCACGAUUUCUCCCCCAGCAUGCACCGACACACUCACUUACCCAUCUCCUAUUAUCCCACCACCCUACACCGUCGCUCGUCGACUCCGUAGUGGCCGCAGGCACCCAGACAGGCCGCCAGUGCAGCAGCAGCACCUCUCCCGCUUGGAAAAUCAUUUCUGGGAAAGUUUCGCUGGGAUCUGCCUCGCCAGCAGACGCAUGGUUAGAUCAAUUUCAUGUCGCUCUCCUCCGUCGUGCUGCCCUUCUCUUCUCCUUCGGUCCUGGUCCCUUCUGGUCCCCAUCGGGGCCCUGAGAUUAUUACUGGAUCGAGACCUGAUUGCUAGCAUCCUUCGUUCUCUGUCCAGUCAACGCGCGCGCUGGCAGCCCUUUUCUCUCGUUACCCUCGCUAGUCGAGUCACUGUCACUGUCACCGAGUUCGAGUCCACCACCACUGGUUCUUGCCUGACAAGACCGACCAAGACCAACGUGGUGGUGGGUGGCCCUGUGUACCCUGACACAAUACAAACAAUUUUGGGUGGGACUUUGGUCCCUAGAGCGCCCUUUUUAGAAAUCGACACCGAAACCAAUCGCCAUGGAGUCGCUCCUUGGUAUCCUAUCCAUGGUCUGAUCAUGCUCGCCAAAACCUGGUACAUCGUGGGCCCUAUCUUCCUCGAAAACUUCAACCUAACCUCAAUUGUCCAGCAGCUGCGACGUGUUUAUCACAGUCAAAUUGUCGGGGAGGCAGCGUCUGGAUCUCGUGUUCCGAGGCACCAAAUGCGGUUGCCUGAGCUAUUCGGCGGCCGUCUGAUCAAUUAUCCAUGCGAUACAGAUCUCAGAUCCGACGUGAUGCCUCGGAGAGGAGACUCUGACGGUGUGCGGUCAAGUAAGCACAGAACGCGCCAACAGCACAUCAUCAUCAUACUACAGAACAUCCGCGAACAGCGGGUGCAGAGGGCAGAGCAUGGAUGUGGGGAGACUGUGGCUGGGGCUUGUGUGAUUGGUUGCGAGGCGUAA